CACGCGUAAAGGAAGAAUCCAGCUGUUGGUUGUUUUUUUUUCUACAGCUGCAUCGUUCGAUGCAACCAAAUAGCAUCCCGUUAACACUUACUCACAACAGUAUAUGGCAGUAUUUUACAUAACAUAUUAAAUUCUACAUUUGCUGACGUAAGAAAACGGAGCCUCCAUGCGCUUCCAGCGGUAACGAAAAUGGCAGAGCGGGGCAGACUGUUGUCCUGUUUAUGUUUGGGGCUAUUUUCUGUCCUGUGGUGGGUGUGGGUCUCCUUCGCGUCCUUCCCCGAUGAACCACAUGUCUAUGAUGCAGUGGACCAGGGACCUUUUAAGCCCCAGAGUGCUCUUGCAGACAUGGAGUUUGCCCCUAUGAGCUCGUACCGUGGACCUGGCAACCAAGACGAGCGCAGCAACAAGGAGCUGCCUAUUAUCUUGUGGUGGAGCGGAGGCUUAUUCCCACAUUUUCCUGGCGACACUGAACGAAUUGACUGUGCUACAUCGUCGUGCCUGGCUACUAGUAACCGCAAGGUCCAGCUGUACAAAAGAACAUCGUCCAUCAUCUUCUACGGGACGGACUUCCGGGCCUAUGAGGCACCGCUCCCUCGUCUCCGCCACCAGACGUGGGCUCUGUUCCAUGAAGAGUCCCCAAUGAACAACUACCUCCUCUCGCACGGGCCGGGUAUCAGGAUGUUUAACUACACCGCCACAUUCCGUCGGGAGUCCGAUUACCCUUUGACCCUGCAGUGGCUGCCGUCUCUGAGCUACCUGCUAGAGCCGAUAGUGGUGUCCCUGAAGGAGAAGAACCAGCUGAGGCUGAAAGGCCUGGCCCCUGUACUCUACAUGCAGUCUCACUGUGACGUACCGUCCGACAGAGACAGAUAUGUCAGAGAACUAAUGAAAUACAUCCAGGUGGAUUCCUACGGCAAAUGUCUGAACAACAGAGCUCUGCCCGCACAUCUCGAAGACACGUCCACCGCCACAGGUGAGGAGGCCUCCUUCAUGAGGUUUGUGGGGCGCUACAAGUUCCAUCUGGCACUAGAGAACGGCCGCUGUGCGGACUACAUGACCGAGAAGCUAUGGAGGCCCCUCCACCAGGGCUGCGUUCCCGUGUACCGGGGCUCCCCUGUUGUGGCGGACUGGAUGCCCAACAACCACUCUGUCAUCAUAAUCGAUGACUUCCUCUCACCUAAAGCUCUCGCCGACUUCCUCAAAUUUCUCGAUGAGAACGACAAUGAAUAUGCCAAAUAUUUGGAAUUCAAAAACAGCCGCAGCAUCACAAAUGCUCAUUUGCUGGAGGCACUGGAGGCCCGCGAAUGGGGGGUAAACGACAUGAGCAAACCCAACUACUUGAAUGGAUUUGAGUGUUACGUGUGCGAUCGGGAGAACGCGCGGCUGGCUGCGCAGCAAGCCAAUAGGAAAGCUCCGAGGACAAACCCACCUCCAAAACCAAAGAUGGCUACCAAUGCCCACAUGGGAUGCCCUCUGCCCAGCCCAGGGUAUGGAGAAGUCCAAGACCUGCCUGCAGAUGAUGAAUGGUUGCAAAUGUGGCCUCAGGACUACUGGCAGAGUCUGGACCAAGCGGAGGGCCUGGAGUCUCUGAUAAAAGCCAACGAGUCGAAUCCUGCGCUUUUGUGGAAGCACAUCCAAAGAAUCGCCGUAAGCCGAGCAAGAGGCAAACACUGACGUUGGCCUUAAACAGUCCAAGGAGGGUGGAGGACAUCCAGGAUUCCAGAUGUCCUCCACAGAAUGCAGACACACAUUUAUUUAUUUUAUUGUUGUAAAUGAGGGAAUGAAGGACGCUCCUGAUUUGCACCUGCGCCUAAAACCGCACGGGCAGUUUAUUUGAUUUUGUUGUUUUACAAGGCACAUCUUUUGACUUCAACAAUGUCAAGGUGCUGAGCAUUAACUUUCAACUAUAUACGGCAAAUUUACUCUGCAGGCGCGCAUUGUCAUUCUCAGGGGGAGACAUGUUUUCAUUGGAGUGAAGCCGAGCUCAAAGCGCGCGGGUGCGUGCGUGUGUGUGUGUGCGCGCGCGUGUGAGGUCAAUCAGGACAGUAGCCACUGGAUUUAAUGCUUAUAUUUUUCCCCUUUUUUUAAAAUAAGUAGCAUAAUAGUUUGCGCUGCCAAUGUUUUACACAACAAUGCAAGGAAAAUGCGUUACAUAGCUGAUAUUUCAUCAGUUUGCUACCUAUUGUAUGAUAUGGUGCAACAUGUGUAAUUGAGCUGAGCUUUUUUUUUUUUUCUUUUUUACAACACGCAAACAAGCACACUAUAUUUGUUAAAUUUUUAUACCAGGAUAAAUGAUUUAUUUUGUGAAUAAGCAUCACACAAGUGGACAUUUUUUUUAAUCAUUGCAGGUUUAGAAUGGUAUUUUGAAAUUCAUAUUUUAGCAAAGUAAAUAUAAAUAUUGUACCCCAUCGUGGCAGUCUUAUUGAAUUUGAUUUGCAGUUAAGCCCCAAAUGAUACACCCUCUGACCAAGUUUCAAGUAGAAAAUGUAAUAAAAAUG